AUGCCGAUCAACCUUGUUUACCAGCUGCCUAGCAACGUGACGAACAUUGGUUCGCAUAACGAGUUUGUUGACGAAAUACAGAAAAGUAUCCUGAAGGCGCAUCAACUGGCGCGAGAACGUCUCAAAGCAGCGGCCAUGUACCGCAAACUGCACGUUAUGUGGGAGGAGGAUGCAGAAGAAGAGCCUGCAGCGACACGAGGCGAGGUUUACGGCAGUAAUGAAGCCAGGAACUGUGCUGAACAAAGAGUUAAAAGCAAUCUGUGGAAAAGAUUUGUUAUUGCUAGGGCAGCGAUGUGUGAACUAACGGCGCGUCUUCUGCCCGGGUUUGAUAUGGGUCAGGGUACAACCAGCCUUUCACCCAUGGAGCCCAGCGAAGAGAAGUGUUUGGAUCCGGAAAUUACAGUGUCACAUGGUAAACAAUCAACAGCGGCAGUUUCAUCUGAUACGAAGAAUGCUGAAAGCCAGACAAAGAACUUAGAAGAAGUCCCGUCUAAACUUUCCGCAAUCAACCACACAGAAAACUUAGAAGGAGCCCGGUCUGAAUUUCCCGCGACUAGUCAGGAAUCCGGUGCGAUGAUGCACGAUAAGGCGUGUACAGAGGUUGCUGACGGAUUAUUUCUGGUAGAGCACAGGAGGAAGAAAAACGCGUUGCAAUCCAUUUGGGAGAAUGACUUUGCGGAGAUGGAUGAAUGGGAGUCUGUCAUCGAGGACCGGCGAGAAGGACGAUGGUCAUCAAACAUUGUGUUAAUGACGCCGAACGUGUUGGUGGACCAAGACAGCGGAUCCAACGCGGGCAGCCCCUGCCCAAAGAAAAUGAAGGGAUCAGCCACCUGA